AUGGAAGAAACAAAUAUUAUUUCCUGUAGACACAAAUAUUUAAAACAAUUGAAACAAUAUGUCAAUGCAGAGAUGGAGGCUUCACAAUCUUUUCGAUGGCCGUUAGAGAGAUUUUCGACUAUAUUGGAAACAGUCUUGGAUCAUAUACAUCCAGAGCAUAUGAAUCAUUUUAUCAAUGACCUAUAUACAGAUGGACGAUAUAAAUGGAACCUCCUGCUUAUUGCAGCUAAAGACGGUUAUUGUAAUAUUACUGAAAGAUUAAUUAAAGAACUCAAUGUUAAUAUUGAAGUGGAGGGCGUUGUUGAAUAUGAAAAUUAUAUUAUACGAGGAGCGAGUCCACUAUGGUGUGCAGCGGCUUCUGGACAUUUCAAUAUUGUUAAAUUAUUAGUUAGCUAUGGAGCCAAUGUCAAUCACUACACUGAGACACAUUCCACACCACUAAGAGCAGCGUGUUUUAACGGUAGAUUAGACAUCGUCAAAUAUUUAAUUGAGCAUGGAGCAGAUCAGGAGAUUGCAAAUGUAUAUGAUAAUACAUGUUUAAUGAUAUCUUCCUAUAAAGGUUGUUUAGAAGUCAUUGAUUAUUUAUGCAAAACGGGUUGUGAUAUAAAUCGAAGCGAUUAUGAGGCUGUAACGGCGUUGCAUGCAGCAGCCGGAGAAAAUCACUUGCAUAUUGUUCAAUGUCUUAUUAAGAAUGGAGCAAUUAUCAGUAAAAAUUCGAAGGGAUUGACUCCGUUAUUAGAGGCGGCUUUGAAUCUAAAUGUAUCUGUUGUUGAUUACUUUACAGAUGAUACAUCGAAUUUAUUCUCACAAUUAGAGUGCAUCGAAGCAUUCGAAUUACUUGCCACAUCGUACACAGAUUACUAUGUCGAUAAUUCUAAUACAGAGAAAUUAUAUGAGUAUUUGUUGAAAGCAAUGCAGUUAAGAUAUUCAGAUCCAAAUAAACCGAUUCUGAAGGCUGUCUUACCUCCAUCAGAAACCUAUGAAAAUCAUAUUGAAUGCAAUACAUUAGAAGAGCUUAAAUUAAUCCAACACAAUGCUGAUUCUUUAUUCAUGGAAGCAUUUGUUGUUCGUGAAAGGAUUUUAGGACCAAAACAUGAAACAUUAAUUCCUAAUCUUUUGUACAGAGGGGCUGCUUAUGCCGAUCAAAAGAGAUUUGAUCGAUGUUUCUCAUUAUGGCUACGUGCACUAGAUGUGAAAAAGUCGAACGAUGAAUUGAAAAUUGACGAUUUCGAAAGAUUUGCCGGCAUUUUUGACAAAAUGUGCCAUGAGGAUGUUGAUGAUUUUCCUUUUAGUGUAUAUGUGGUUGUUUUGAGGAAUAUUAUACAAGAACUAAUAUCGAUGAAGUGUAAGAGUAAAAGCUUCAAUUUAUUGACAGUAUUAUAUUUGAUUGUUAUCAUAGCAAAGGUUAUGCUAUUGAAAACAACAAAUGAACAAAUAGAAAUAUGCAACCUUAUUUAUUAUUUAAAUUCUUUUAAUUUUAAAACUAAUAAUGGAUCUACAUUGUUACAUCUUUGUGUGAAUGAAAAUACGUCGGUGGAUACUAUAAAUUUCAAGUAAGUAUGACAUCGACAGCAGCAAUACCUCAGUUUACCACGUGAGUGUUUCAGAUUUCCAUGUUCAUUUGGUGCAAAGUUAUUGAUUGACAAUGGUGCAAAUGUAAAUGCUGUGGACAGAAUUG